GUUGCUGGUACGGUUUUCAGUUGGAUAGUACGUGAUUGGCCGAGAAGAUAAUGGCGGCAAUGGAAUUUGCAUGGCAACUCCCGAACUCGCAGCUCUCUAUCCCUUACUCCACCAAAUCUUCUCAAAUUCUUCACCGAUCAUCGUCUUCUUCAACCUCCAAAAGAAACUCACUCUUCGUCUCUUAUUCUUCUUCAACCUCAAAAAAUGGUAGAAGUAGAACUAGUCUUGGAAAUAGUAGCUCUAUCAAACUCCAAAUUCUUCUAAGGCCUCCUUUUGCUCUCUCUCAGAGUCGCCAAUCCCAAUCUUCCGUCCUCAAAGAAGAAGAAAAUGGCGAACAAGGAGAAGAACAAGAACAAGACGAUGAAGGUUUGUCCAAUGACAAUGGCCAAGGGAAUUCCACGGUUAUAUUGUCGUCGUGCUUAAUCGGUCUUCUCACCGGCAUCGGCGUCGUUCUCUUCAACAAUGGAGUGCACGAGAUUCGAGACCUGUUCUGGGACGGGAUUCCGUACAGAGGCGCGUCAUGGCUGAGGGAGGAGCCGAUUGGGGAAAUCUGGAAGCGAGUGAUUCUGGUUCCGGCUUCUGGAGGUCUGAUCGUCGGCUUCAUCAACGUGCUCCAAAGUGCUCUAGAAGAUGAUAACGACGAUGAUUCGGAGAAAAUCAAUGGCGGCCGAUUUGGAGGUAGUGGAGCUCGGAAUUCGAUUCUCGACGGACUCCGUGCUGCGUCGCGUCCAUUCCUCAAAGCAGUCGCUGCCUGCGUCACUCUCGGCACGGGGAAUUCGUUGGGGCCUGAAGGUCCCAGCGUUGAAAUAGGCACCUCCAUAGCCAAGGGCGUCAACACUCUCUUAGAUAAAACCUCGAGCAGAAAGCUUUCCCUUGUCGCCGCGGGAUCAGCCGCUGGAAUUGCCUCUGGGUUCAAUGCUGCUGUAGCUGGUUGUUUCUUUGCGGUGGAGUCAGUCUUGUGGCCAUCACCGUCGGACCCUUCAUCCAUGACGCUUACCAAUACCACUUCUAUGGUUAUACUUAGUGCAGUUGUAGGUUCCGUAGUUUCUGAAGUUGGUAUGGGUUCUGAACCAGCGUUUAAGGUCCCAGAGUAUGACUUCCGCUCACCUACUGAGCUUCCGCUAUAUCUACUUCUGGGACUACUGUGUGGUUUGGUCUCAUUAGCACUAUCUAAGUGCACAUCGUACUUGGUGGCAACUGUUGAUGAUAUUCACAAGAACACUGGUGUACCAAAGGCUUCGUUUCCUCUACUGGGUGGCUUAGCUGUUGGCUUGAUAGCAUUGGCGUACCCUGAAAUUCUGUAUUGGGGUUUUGAGAAUGUUGAUAUUUUGUUGGAGUCUCGCCCAUUUGUGAAAGGCCUCUCAGCUGAUCUAUUGCUUCAGUUGGUAGCAGUGAAGAUAUUAACAACCUCUUUGUGUCGUGCCUCUGGAUUAGUGGGAGGCUACUAUGCUCCAUCCCUCUUUAUUGGUGCCGCAACGGGAAUGGCAUAUGGGAAGAUCAUCUGCUUUGCAGUUGCUCAGCCCAAUCCUAUUAUCGAUCUCUCCAUCUUGGAAGUCGCAACACCACAAGCAUACGGCCUGGUAGGGAUGGCUGCUACUCUUGCAGGUGUAUGUCAGGUACCUCUUACCGCAGUUCUGCUGCUCUUUGAACUGACACAGGAUUAUCGGAUUGUUCUGCCAUUACUAGGAGCUGUGGGGUUGUCUUCAUGGGUUACAUCUGGACAGAUGAGGAGAAGAGAGGCAAAGAGUAAAAAGAAACUGAAACAGGGAAAAACUCGCGAAAUUCAACAACCUGACAUGCUUCCCUCCGGUGCAAGUGGACUACCUUUAAAUUAUGCUCCAACAGAAAAGAAGUCAAAUAUGAGUGACCUUUGUGAAAUUGAAAGCUCACUCUGUAUAGAUGAGUCUGAUGCUGAAACGGAAGAUUUAGGAAAGAAAAUACUCGUUUCAGAAGCCAUGAGGACCAGAUAUGUGACUGUUCUGAUGAACACGAUGCUUACUGAAGCAUUGAAUCUUAUGCUUACUGAAAAGCAGCCUUGUGCUAUGAUUGUUGAUCACGAUAAUAUUUUAAUUGGUUUGCUUACACUCAGCGACAUUGAAGAAUUCAGUAAAUAUACAAAAUCUAGAAGCAGAAGAUCCGAGGAGCUUUUGGUUUCUGAAAUGUGUUCAUUAGAUGGUGAAAAAUGUAGGAUACCAUGGGCUGCAACGCCCAGUAUGGAUCUACUUUCUGUCAACAUAAUCAUGAAUAGGCGUGGCUUGAAUCAAGUUCCUGUGGUCAGAGAGCAAUUUGAAGAUCACCGAGGGCACCUAGUUGGCCUUUUAGAUAGAGAAUGCAUCAGUCUAACCCGCAGAGCUCUAGCAACGAAAGAGUCCCUGUGCUAGCUAACAUUGCAAACCAGAAGGGUCAAUUUGUUAAGAUCAUCGGAAUACCGGACGCGCUGAGUUUUGGUGAUAGUUUCUCAACCUUGUGUAGCUAAGCUCAAUUUGAUAAAAUCAUCAGAACAGUUGGCUGUUGAGUUUUGCUGAUACCUUCUCAACCUUGCUUACCUAACUCUUGCCUUCAAAGGUCUAGAUCAACGCUGCCAGAGGUUCCCGUUUUGCAUUUGAUCUCGAAAAAACAUUGGGAUCCUAACACUAGUUGGUCUCUACAGAACUGGAAGAUAAGUCUUUCCAACCUUUUUUAAGAGUAGCCUUGGCAACUCUGCCACAUACAGUUGAUGGAUACAGGAUUCAUGAGAAGUCACACAAGGGUAUAUAUUGGUGGAAACUUUGGCAUGUCGGAUAUACUACUUCGGCUCGUCGAAUAUUUUCUAUUUUUAUUGGGUUGGGGCUGAUAUUUCUGGGUUCUUUUGUUGGUCCAGCUCUGUUAUAUUCUUCUUUUUGUUUAUAAUUUGUUUAUUUGCUUCUUAAAAAAGAAAAGUUCAAUUGCAAAAUUAUGGAUGAAUAUAAAGUCUAUAUGAACAUGUUUCAUUCUCGUGAUAAAAGGAAAUUGUUUUCCUUUGAAAAGUUUGCU